AUGCCCAACUCUGUGAGUUUCGUCAUCACAAUUUUCCACGUCACAGCUAUAGGAAUUGAAAGAGCCAUCGCCGUGUUAUUUCCCUUUCACGUAUCUCGUAUAUUCACACCCUACAGAGUCAAAUGGAUGUUGCUUGGUUUAUACCUGUUUGGGUCUGUACCUGUUUGGCCUUACUACUACCGUAUGACUUACAGAUGGGUGUUUCUUCCAACUGUGAGUAGGACCGUUGCUAUGCCGAUAUCAACAGAUUUUUAUUUUAACAAUAUUCAAGUUAUUCUUGACUAUGUGAAUUAUUUUGUAAACAACACAACAACCACAGUGCCAAUCAUCUUAAUCUUUAUCUGUUCAAGUCUGAUUAUUUUUCAACUUAAUCGUAUAAAGACUAACGAACUGUCAAACAAAACAUCCAAACAUAAAAAGGAAAUAAAAGUCGUGAAGAUGUUGUUGGUUGUUUGUCUCGUCAGCUUCAUGGUGUUGGUGCCGGAGUACGUCCUCCACAGUUACCUGGUGUAUUACCUAGACGAGCUGUCCUGGAAUUUUCACAACUUGGUUUCGUUCCUCGUCCCUGUGGUGUACCAGGUCAACGCCUGCGUCAACUUUUUCAUCUACAUCACGAUGAGCUCCAAGUUUGCAGAGACUUACAAGUCUAUCGUAGGUUGUGGUCGAAAAUCUUUCAGCAAAAAGUAA